AAUUAUUUGGAAAUUUAAACCCAUCAUCCGCAAAGAUGAGAAACAGUUUCAGCUCGCCCACACCAGCAACGAGUAGGUAAGCAUAGCGUAUAUGCGACCAAAAACGACGACCCUGACAACCAAAGACCCCACCGCGGGGCCAUACGUGGAUCGGGGUAAAGAACCGGGAGACGUCAUUCUGGAUUGGCAGGUACCGUGGUUUGACGAACAAUUCUUGCCUUCCUGCACUGCAAUACAGCACUGCACGCCCGACGCGCGAUACGAGGACGAUCGCCGAGUUAUCAUAUCAAGCCUUGUCAAAUCAUCUUAUUUUUUUGGCAUCAAACUUGGAUCAUAUCUAAUUUGGUUUGAUACUUUGGAAGAGGUGGGACCGUUUCUUUGGCGCCUUUGACGCUGUGCCGCGCGUUUUCUCAGACCGACGUGCACAUAACAAGAAGCAACAAAACCAUUGCCAAGAUAUUAGCUCAGGCACUUGCCUUCUAGGAUUGUUUGUUGGUGGCCUAAUACCGCCAUUCACUGCUUGCAGUUGGUCUUGCUGGUUAGAGACUGCCCUGUCUUGCCCGUCAAUAAUAUUUGUUGGCGCUACGACUGAAUGAAGCUGGGUUAGACGUUUCUUACUGCAAGAUACUCCAUCGCCCAUCCAAAACGUCUUGAGCUAGUCAUUUUUUUUUUUGCCGGCUCACACUACCACGACAUAAUUGUCCGCUGUGUACGCGUGUCUCUCGGCUUGCCAUUUCGAAUCUCUCGAACCCACAAGCAACUACCCGCCCCGACAGGAAGCGCAUCAUCUCCGAACACCAUAGAUUGCCCACCUGAUCCUGUAUAACUGGCGGGUUUGUACAGAAUUCUGCGUCGCUACUGCGACCACCCGACCACACGGGAGCAAUGGCGGCCAGCUUUGCGAACAAGCGGUUGAGUAAAGAGCUGAUCAAGAUCAAAGAAAGUUUACCUCCUGGUAUUCUACUCAUCAGUGCCGACAACUUCGAGGAGUGGUUAUUAGACAUCAAAGUUCUGGACAACAACCCCCUUUAUGCCAACGAGACGUACAGGCUGAAGUUCAGAUUCAGCUCAUCUUAUCCGAUAGAGCCGCCCGAGGUCGUCUUUGCUAAGCUACCGGACCGCCCGAUACCCAUUCACCCGCAUAUCUACUCCAACGGCAUCAUCUGUUUAGACCUUCUGGGACAACAGGGAUGGUCGCCAGUACAGAAUGUGGAGAGCGUUUGCAUGAGCCUACAGUCGAUGCUGACGGGCAAUACCAAAAAUGAGCGACCGCCCGGGGAUGAGGAGUUCGUGCGAAGCAACAGGGCGCGCCCGAGAGACAUCGAUUUCUACUACCACGAUAAUACCGUCUGAUUGAGAGCAUGGUUGGCGGCAAGAUGGCCCGAGGUGGGCGACCCUGGUAUCACUAGUCGCGUGUUACCUGCUGCAUCGGUCGAAAUGGUCGACCACUCCGCUUACUGUUGAUUUACUAUCAUACAUCGGGGUACCUCAUUGGACUAGCGUGUCUUUAACGCGGCGCAUAAGCGUUGUCGUUUGUCUACCAGCUCAGAAUGAUUAUAACGACUAUACGACGAGGGCUUUUGCAUGCAUGGGGUUGGGUUCUACAAUAAUCUUGAAGGGUUGCGAAGGGGUUACUUCGCCUAUGAUCAAGAAUUGAAGAAAGCAUAAAUGACACCAAGCGUUAUUUAGCGAAACUGGCCUUGACACUGCAAAUGCUCUGUGACAAGCUGGAUGGGGUGGAUGAUUGUUUGAAAUGGAUAAAUGAAAGCCCAGAAGAAUACCCAUAUAGUCAUUCGCAACACAUCAAAGUUUAUUUAAUUCACAGUGCUAAAUGCAACGUUUGGCAGGUUGUGCAAUUGGCCUGAGG